AUGACGGACUACGCAAAGCUCAAGAACGAUGAACUCCAGACUCUGCUCAAAGAGCGAAGUCUUCCACAUACUGGCAAGAAGGCUGAGAUGGUAGCGCGCCUUCAAGAAGACGACAAGAAGAAAGCCAGUGUCGCUGCACCCACACCCUCCGCGCCUGCAGUGCCAGCUGAAGAUGUCAUUGACUGGGACGAUGACGCUGAUGCUCCCGCUGCUACGUCAAAACCCGCUGCUGCUGCCUUGGCUGCUGGCGGUCAAGGCCAAGUUGCAAACCCACAAGCUGUACCUAAUCAAGUUGUCGCUACCGACCCUGCCACAACCGAUGAUCUCUCAGUCAAGGCUCCCAAUGGUGCGACAAACACUGAUGCUCCAGCUGCCGUUGUGGAAGAGAAGAAGCCUGAGGUUGACUUCUCCCGCGGUCUAGCCGCUACCGACAUUGAAGCUGAGAUUGAGAAGCGCAGGAAACGUGCUGAAAAAUUUGGCUUGAAAAUUGAAGACGACAAGGAUGCACAAGAAGCGAUGGCAAAGCUUGAGCGGCUAAAGAAGUUUGGUGGUGCUGAAGCACCCAAAGGCCUCGACGAGGCUCUGCCCGAACGCCAACGUAAGCGUGGUCGAGAUGCGGGCGAUGAAGGUAGUCGAGGGGGUUUCAAGAGACGUGGUGGGGGUCCGCAAGGACGACGAGGCAACAACCCCAGGAGAGGUGGUGACAGAAGAGAAGGCAAACUCGAUCGACCUACAGAGGGACGGGGGAACUGGAUGACCAACGCAGACCGUGAAGCUGCCGAUCGCCGGAAGGCCAGGUUCGCUGCAGCUUGA